UCCAAUAUGUAUAGCACACCAUUAUCUUUGCUCCAACUUCCACCUACAGCUUUGCCCGAAAUUACCCAGAAAUUAACUCAGCCAGGAAACACCACUGCUCGGUUUUCCCAAGACGGAAAAACGUUGGAGGAUCUGAAAGGUGUAGUGUCAGGAAACGAUUAUCAACAGGCUGCAGAGGCUGAAGUCGACGUUGGCUAUGUGUGCAAGAAGUGUCAGCUAGUUCAUCCAGCUGAAGUUCUGUGCGUCAAUCACCAACGUUCCAGCUGCUUCGCCAAUAAAAACGCAGGCGAUGCUAGUAAAGCGAUUCUUCGCUUAGUGCAGGUGCAGUUAGAAUGCAGAGCUUGUCGGGAGAGAUUUCCGACACUGCUUGACUUCAAGUUCCACUGCAACGCAGAUCGGCAUGUCAAGAGGGUGCAUAAGUUGCAAAGAAAUGAGCAAAUGACGCCACCUAAUUCAAUGCUACCACCCAAUGCGAUGGUUCCGCCUAAUUCCAUAGUGCCCCCCAAAAUGCCCUCUUGCUCCACAUCCUCCCACUUCGCAGCUACUCCUGUGGCUCCUUCCAUGACACCACCACGCCUGGCACCUCCUCCUCUGCUUCUGCCCCAAACAGGAAACGAUGUCACGACCCGUAAUGGACCAGACGUCACAGCUCAGCACCUUAUGUUUUCGUCCGACUUCCGUAAUGACCUCGAUAGUGCCCUCAGGCUCGGUCUCGAAGCUUCUUCCUUAGACCUUCCCGCUUCCAGCAAGGCCGGCCUUUGUUUUACAGGAGAAGCUUCUCUUAGUCCAGAAACCAAGCGGCUCUAAUAAUAGCCAGACUAUAGAAAUAAUCACCCAAAAUGGUUAGAAUAUUCCUAAGAUUUCCAGUGAAUCUAUUCCUAUUAUAAUGAUUAUAAAUCUGUUCUGAUGUUCCAUGUAACUGUUGUGUAAGACAAUAAGGAUAUUGUCACGUUUUUAAACUUUGGUGGUUCAUUUGUCUGUUUUAAACUUCAAAUAGCCGAGCCCGAGCCAAGAGGGUGAGGUUGUGACUGAGUCCCUGAAACAAAUAGAUAAAUGCAGUGUAAUCACCAUACCCCCUUGGCUGCCUAAAACUGCCUGCUCUGUCCUCGGCAGAUAUCAAGAGUUCCUAGAACUGAGAAGUGGCUCAAGCAAAAUGUGAAAUAAUGUGGUGGACCAAAAUUUUCGCUGCAGAUCACUAAACUGUUAAAAGCUGCAUUUGAGAGCUGCGUGUAUGCAUUGCUCUGUCACUCGGGCCGCGUUUCCUAUUGGCCUGCAGAAGUUCGACGAAGAAAUGAUAUCUUGUAUUUACAUGAAAAGUUUUCGUUUAUUAUUUUGUACAUAUCCGUUGGUUUUUAUGUUUGGUUGGUCAUAAACGUCAGCGGCACCCUUUAAACACUCGUUAAGGAAAAAAAAAAAAGAAAUUUAAUUUCCAUUUUGAAUGCAAUUAAUGGCAUUUUUAAUCAUACGUUUUCUUGAGUAUACAAAUAUAUUAUCAGCUCUAUUUAAUAUAUAUAUAUACAAAUGUUUAUGACUAUGUUAACGCCUUUUUGUUAUAUAUCAUUUAGAAGAUUCACGGUCUUCAUUGGAGAUCAGCAAUAGUUAUCUUUGAGAAUAAUUUUAUUGUUAGUAGUUUGUUACGAAUAAGUUUUAGAUGGUCUUGAUGACUACCAUAAAAACUGGGAGAUGUAUGCAUCAAGACUUAGUUUCAUUUUUUUAGUGGUAGGCACCAAAGGGAGAUAACUACAACAGUGUGCUGUCACCAAUACACGAUAUGAACUUGCUUUUUCAUUGGUAUACUUCCAUAGAUUUGUGCUUUUUCUAUAGAUGUUUUUCUUCUAUUCUUGGUUUCGUCCUCUAUACGAAGCUUGCACAAAAUGAGUUCAAAAGUGUGUUGCUUGUUAAUACAGUGGUAGCUUUAGUCAAACGCAUGGUUACUAUAGAAUAAAACAAAUUUAAUUCAUAUACAAUGGUGCGAAAUCAUUCGUGUAUUCCUAGGUUCCUCUAAAGUUGCAGCUGGACUGACUCUCACAAAAGGGGAGGCAACCAGAGUGAUUGGAAACUUUUGAAAACUUAAAUCAUUAUUAUGGAAUAAAAUACUUUUUUGAUGUGCUCAGCAUUUGAAAGCGCGACGCGUUCCUGUGAAGAAAAAAAAAUAAUCACUUAGUAGGCACAAAAGAAGAAAAAAAAACAUAAAUGCCGUUUCUUGUGUCCAACCAUUGACCUGUGGUCAAGCUAAAAGUUCCUGUGUUUUUUUUACAUCGAAGAGGUUCUAUUUGCAGCUCGUUCUAUUUGAUGUUCUCCUUUGAAAUUAAGAAAUAAACAAGAAAAAAAUAGUGUUCGUAUGUGUAAAUGUGCGUAUCCGUGAGCGUGCAGGUGUAACGUGUGCACAUGUGUCUUGUCCCAUGUUCAACGGAACACAACGCACUAAAUCAUCAUCAGCGGUUGAAGCUACCGAAGAGUUAAUGUUAAAGAAAGAGUUCUGAUGUCAAGUUGGAAACAUCGUCUUCACCAUUAAGAAUUAGUUUUUAUAACUCGAGAAGCAUAUAAGACUUUGAUAAUGUCAGAAAAGCAUAUAUGCUUCGUUGAUUUUAUCAUUUGUGAAGUUCCUAAAGAAUUUAUAAAAUUGUAAUCACUGUUUUUCUGACGACACAGUGAAUUUGUUUAAACUGUGUUGUUCAGCUUUAUUGUUCAAUUGAUUCACAUUAUUUAAGUUUAUUUUUCUCCAAGUGCAUUUUCAUCAGACGUGCUGAAACUAGGUUAUUUCGUGCUAAAUGCCCAUAUGUUUCUUAAAUAUUUAUCUACAGUUAAAGUUUUCAAUUCUGUUAUUAGGAAAGCCGCGAAUGUUUUCUUCUAUAUAUUCAAAAUUACGAAUAAUUUCUAAUUCUCUUCAAUGGUUGCCCUCAUUCAGUGAAACAAUAAAAAAAUCUGAAAAGAUUUUUAAGAGUAUGCAAGUUCCUGUUAAAUAUAGUCACAGUCGUAAUUUUAAUAUUAUAAUAAUGCAUUUUUAUUUUUAUGCAUUGCAAUAUUUGUCUUUUUAAUAGCACUUAUUUAUUAUUAACCAUAGGGAACUGCGAUAGAUUUUUGAUAUUAUUUCGGACUCACCUCUUAAGAAUAUAAAUAAAAAUACUAAAAUGCUUAAAAUCGAAGAUUCAUGUCUACGUUUUAGGUAGCUUCUAUUUAGUAUAAAUUUGUAUUAUAAAAAAAAGUUUUUUGUUUUAUGUUGAAAACUUACUGUUUAAGAUACAACUUUAUGCAGAUCUAUUAAAGUAUAUACCUGUAUAAAAUAUUUUAACAAAUACGCUUUUCAUACUCUCAAUACUAAACGCAGUUCCUUGUGAAAUUUCACGAUUUUUAUUGAGAAAAAUAUAGUACGUUCUAUUGAGCGGCGUCGAAGCUAUAUUUUUACUGUUGAACUGGUUUACUACAUAACUGGUUUUGAGUUCCUGUUUAUACCGUUAAACAGUAGUGUUUACUGUGACACUAAGCGUAAAGACUAUUCAAAUACAGAACAUUAGAUAUGGAUUUUUACCAAAGAUAUUAAUUAAAGUUUUUAAAUCGUAAAAUUGUUUCGGCAACUGAAAUUCUAUGCACGAUAAAGCAUUUAAACAAGUUUCUGUUACAUAUAUAAACAGUAAUUUUAUGUAGUUAAGUUACACGUUUCGGUUCAGUACGUUAAUUAUAAUUACCUUAUCAAAUUUUGAAUAGACAAAUAAGAUAAAACCAUACUUAGGCCUUACCUCACGGUUAAUUAUUAUUAUUAUUAGUAUUUUUGAAAUUUCUUUGUUAAGGUUAUUUACCGUUUAAUUUCUUUUAAGACUUAACCAUAACCCAUUAAAGAAUUCUAUAGCUUCUUUACUUCUAGGAAGUCUAAAAGAUCUGAAAUUAAUUUUAAUCACAGUUCUUUUAGAUUCCAAAAAUAAACUAUUCUCCAAAACACUUUUCAGUCUAGUUUCAAAUUAGAAUUUUAAUGCUUUAUUAAGUUUUAAACUAUAUCUAACUUUUGAGAUCUUUAAAUAUGGUUAAAUUUCGCUUAUUAUACUUUAAUUAAUUACUGACUUCGAAAAUAUGUAUCCUGAAGGCUUGCAGUUGCGAAGGUUUCACAUGCAGGCGACUUCACUGCCAAAUCCUAUGACAAAACGAAUUACUUAUCUUCAGUUUCUCUUAAAAUAAAAGAAUCUAAAUUAGUUUUAACAUUAAUUUUAAACCUAUCAUAAUAUAUGUACGUUAAUCUAACGUAUUUGAAUAUUAUAAUAUAAAAGUCAGUCUUAUUUUUUUUGUCAGUCUGAGGUGAGGAUAAAAUAAGUAUGGUAUGAAUUUGAAAUUAAAGUUCUUUAGACGUAAAAUAACAUGAUAUAUUUCAGCAGAAAAUGAUGUAAACUCAUUUUUGAUUUUUUAAUAUUUUUCGGAUUUAAAUAUUACGUUUUUCUUUCGCAUUUCUCUAGGACAACUUUUGUGCAGUUUACAAAACUUUCACGUUAAUAUCAAUAGACAUCAAUAAUAUGGUCAAGUUAUCCUACAUUGUUAUUUUAUACUGAUGGCAACCUUAGAAUGAAAGUAUUUUACAUUUUAGAUUUUUAGUGUUUGUUAUUUAUUAUUUUGAAUGAUAAAGAAAUAUAUCUCACCUGCACGCCAUUUUAUUCGCAAAGAAAUAAAAAUUAUAAACCCACACUUUUAUUGGUGUGCGCUCAUCCAAUCAGCAUGUUUAUCUGCUGCAACCAUCCUCCAGUGAGGGUGGUAUAACCAGUUCCUAAUACUAUAAGAUCUCCGAUGAGGUUGCGAGAAAUAACUACAAGAGUAAUGUGUAUAGUACUAUAUAAUAUAAUGCUUGAAGUCUUGUUAUUAUUCUACAAUUCAGCCUUGUACUGAGUCGGAGAAAAUAGAAGAUAAAUUUUGUCUGGGUGCAAAGUUUGUUUUUAUAUACAGAAAAUAAGUUGAUGAUGAUGAUGAAAGCAUUCAUGAAAAAAAUAGAAAUGAUUUGGUAUUUUAGUAUAACAACUGAUCUUAAAGCCGCGGCAGUUUGAGAAAGAGAACAAAUAUCAUUAUUGCAUUAAAAAUGGAAUAACUUUAAAGUUAAUUGUAAAAGGAAAAAAAAGAGAAGUAGUACACCUUGCACGGAAAAAAAUAGGGGUGGGAACAGCUCUGUAUCUCCUGUUCUACUGGUCCGAUAGACGAAAUUUAACUUGCAGGUUCAUGUCUCGAAAGCGCGACUUGGGAUCUACAUUAGAUUUACAUACAGCCAUUUUUCAAAUAUAGAUAUUUUGACAGAAUCGGAAUUUUCCUAGAAUGGCAUAUCAGUUUUUUCCAUAUUUCGAUUCCAUAUUUCGAUUCAAAUUAUGCCUAAAUAUUAAAUGUUGUAAAAUUUGGUGAGAAACUUACCUAGAAAUUUACAAAUUUAUUUUGGAGCACUGUUUUCAGUUUUCCUCAAGAAUUUAAUUAAUUAAUUUACUUGGCGAAAUUCUUAAUUUAUGGUAAUCAAAUUUCCUUUCUCUUUCAUUGUACAUUAAUCGAAUAAAAAUACAUCUAAUUUUUUCAAAUAGUUUUAACAAAGUGCGUAAACCAUAUUUGGCGUUAUAACAAAUAUGCCAAAUGUGCCUGAAAAUACAUCUACUUUAAGAUAAUGUCAAAAGUUUUAUGGACUAUAAUUCAAAACUUUGGUUCGAAAAAUUUGUAAAAAUUACUAAAAAAUACAAAUUUUUAAAACAAAUCAGAAAAUAACAGCGAAUUUCGUUUGGAGUGAAUUUAAGCUUCGAAAUGUGAAAAAAGGAAUCAAGUAAGUUUAUUAAACAGGGAUAUUAAUAUAUAUAUACCAAAUUAAAUUAACAUUGAGAAGCUAACAUUUUGAGAACAAAUAUUUUAGUAACUACUCUUGCGUAUUUUACGAAACUUUGGAAUAAAUUAUCUCCUAGAAUCAAAAAAUGGAAAAAAAAAAUCGAUAUGUCACUUCAGCAAAAGUCCGAUUUUGUGUCAAAAUACCUAUGUUAGAAAUAUACUACACAUAAAUCUAAUACAUGUCCUACGUCAGGCUUUGGAGCUAUGAAAAAACCAAGUUAAAAUUUCUUCAAUCGACCCAAAACCAAGUUAAAAUUUCUUCAAUCGACCCAAAACCAAGUUAAAAUUUCGCCAAUCGACCCAGUAAAAAGGGAGAUAUAGAACGAACUGUCCUUUUUUAUGUGCGUAUGCAAAGUGUACAUUGAAAAUGAUAAUGAAGUCUGGCACUUUGUUUGCGCCAUUUAUUCUGAAGUAAUUCUCAAACUGCUCAAGCUACUUUCAGAUGUGUUAAGAUUAUGUUUAAUUGUAAAACCUGUAGAAGAUAUUUUGUUUAUAAGUUUGUGAUCUUAUGGCACGAACGUUCCUGCUCGAGUAUCCUAACCGAAUUGGUGUUUACAUACAUCACAAAGUAAAAUAACCAACUAAGCAAAUGUUAACUUUUGGUGAUGUUGACUACGUUCUUUCGAUGUUUACGUGUUUGUGUAACAACACAUCAUGCUUUAUAAUUUUUAACUAAGUCACUUUAAAUGAGCAUAACUUUUUGUGUAACAUAUAGAUUUCGAUUUUUGCUACAUCUGUACUGAUUUUUUUAACAUGUAUAUAACACGAAAAAUAUAUAUCUGUGAUCAAAACUGCAGUGGAUAUAACUUCAAUAUCUAGAUACGAAUUUGGUUCUGGAAAUAGUUCACCGUAUUACCCUAUAUAAAAAAUACAGAGUCAUUAUUUUCUUGAGACAUAUAAACACUACGUAAACACACACAUUUUGCUAAAAAGAUUUACUUACCUUCAAGCAAAUAUGAUUUGUAAUUUGCUUUCAAAUACUGAAAUAUAAAGCGAUUCUGAUACAUGAUUUAAAACAAUGAUCCAAAGCAGUUUGAUCACAAAUAUCUUUUUAUAUGCAUAAGUUCACUGUUCUAUUGUAACCAGAUACUAAUAUUUUGUGCGAUACUUCAAUGCAUUUAUCCGGCAUGUCCAAAAAUCUUAAUACCAUAGGAAUACGUAACAUAUAAUAUACGUAAUAGAAAUAUUUUCAGUCAAUUGUAAUCGAAGAUGUUACUUAUAUAAAUUACUGAAAUAUCGCAUGUCAACAGCAUUUAAAUAUUACUAAGAAUUAAUAUUAAAUUUAAAAUUUUUAUGUAAUGCUGUUGAGGACACAUAUAUAGUCUUUGCAGUUUAAAAAUGAUUUCUAUGGAAAAGGAUUUUUUGAACAUACCGAGGUGAAAUGUGUUUUAAUUUUAAUGAAAUCGCUCAAUUUAUUUUUUAACACAUAACAGUAUGAUUCCUAUGUACAAAAAUAUAUGAAUGGUGAUUCUAAAAUUCAUUUAGAUUCCUGUACAUGCCUAGAUUUUUCUUGUUUUUUUUAAUAAUUGAUGCAAAGUUGUAAAUGGCCUAGCAGAAAAAAAGAAAAAAGUAUAUUUGCAUCUUCAAAAUUCUAAUGUAAUAUGUAUUCAGAAUUUUUGUUAUCAGUCAUUGUAGCAUAGUUCUAAUAAUAGGCCCUGAAACCGAUAUUGUGUGGUCAUUAAACUGUUGACCAACACGUGAAGUUCCUAGAUAACAAUACACUAUUCUGAUAUUGUAUGGUUUCAAAUAUCAGUAACAGAUAAUAGGUGCUGUUAGCAUCGUUGUUAACUAACUUGGCAUUUACAACAUAAUGUAUGAAGCACAUUUUGUCUUAAAAACAAUAAAAUAAUCUUUGAUAAUGCUAUAAAAUAGAUAGAAAUAAAGAUUUUGGAUGUAAUUUGUCUAGAAUUCAUUCAUUCUCUUUCGAGAUGGAUAAUUUUUAAGACUUUCUUAUAUUAUGAUAUGAGAAUGAGGAAUAAGAACUCCUUUAGUUUCAGUUGUAUAUAAAUCACAUCUCACCUAUUUCCAUAAAUAAAAAUUUCUGAUCAUGAAUCUGCUUCUCUUGAGCAAAAAUCAGUUUAAAAUUGCUUUAUUAAAUUAAAAUACAGUUUAUAUUCCGAUACUUUCUUAAGCACUAUAUGCUGUCAUUAUAUUUUCUCACCUUAAGAAAAAAGUCACAUGCAAAACAAAUCUAAAAUUGAUACUUUAAAGGGAUUUUAAAACAACAUGCUUCUCAAACAUGUGAAUGAUAAGUACCAAUAAAUAUCAUAAAAAAUCGAGAAUCGGGUCAAGUAAAUCAGCAUUAAAUAUAACUAUAUGUUUUCUUAACGUUACAUAUUAAAUAUUUUAAAGAAAAUUCCAGUAAAGGUAACACUCAUAAGAAAAUUUCUAUAUUGUACAUACGUAAUUUUUAAAUGUGUAACGUUAGUUUAUAUGUAUUUUAUGAUGUUAAUCUUAAACGCUAUGCUCAUUUGAAUGUCUUUUAUUAUAAAUGUGUAUUUGUUAUCCCACUAUAUAACCAGUAUUAAAUUUAUUUACAUAAUUUAUAUAGUAAAAAGGAAAAAUUAUCUUAUUAACUUUGAAUUAUGAUAGUAUUUAUUUCUUUAACAAUUCCUGCGAUAUAAUAUCUGAGUUUCAGAGUCUUUUUUUAACGUUAUCAAACCUUCCUACAUAAUAAACUUGUUGAAAAGCCAUUUUGUAAAGUAAUAAGAAAUAAUAUGAAAAUUCAAAAGAUCUGCUAAAUUUUUAAUAAUAGAAAUAUCAGAUAAAAUAAUCCUCAGGAAUGAUUUCGCAAAAUAUUUAUAAAUUAUUGAAAAUUGAUGCGUUAAGCAUACACUAUUUAAAUAAAUAAAUAAUCUUAUGUGAUUAUGAAUUUUCCAAAUUUUGCAAUUGAAAACAUUUUAGACUUAGAUAAAGACACUUAAAACAACAUAUGACAAUAUCAUAGUAGACACUGAGAAACGAAAGUAAUACAAAAUAAUAGUAAGCAUAAAAACGACAGCGAAUUUUUGAAAUACAAUGCAAAAUUUUUAUACACAAAUAUGAUGAAAUUUAAAAUUUAAUUGCUUUCCAUUAAAAUAUUCUUUCACAUGACUACACUGUCUUUUUAGUUCCUAUUUAUCUUUAAUUAGUUAGGCAAAUCUUUUGAAAUUUUGUGAAAGACUCAAAAUCAUUUUUGAACACUUUUUUAUCAUCCCUCCUGGUGCUGUGAUUUUAUUUCCGUUACAAAUCAUCAGCGCAAAAGACAUUAAAUUCUUCGAAAAAAAAUUAUCAUAACUGCGCAGUAGUAUAAGGCUGUUUUGAACAGUAAUAUCAGAGACGGGGGAUCCCAUGCCUAGUGGGAUCACCGAUUUAAACAAAGUGUUCAUUGCCAUAUGUCUAGAUGUAGAUUCGAAGUCAUGAAACCGGCUAAUAAGUUCCUAUUCACAAAUUACUAGGACACGAUCGGUUCGUGACACUUUUAAAAACGUUGGCACUAGUGAUUUUUCGUGUGUAUUUUUCUUGAAUCCUAUAUAUGUACAUAAAUAUAUGUAUACGUUUGAAAGAGAUAUCAUUAUUAUUAAAAAUGGUUGGUUUUUUUAAGAAGAUAAACUUAUAUCGUACCGUCUCUCAAAAAACUGUCUUUUCCCCCUUUGUACCAUCUACUGUGAAAGAGUCAUCAUAAAUGCAACUGUGUACAUGUGUCAUUUUUGCAAGGAAAAACCUCUAGUACCACAUCAAUUCCUAGUAUGAUUUACUGAUAACAAAAAUGGUCUAAAAACCCAUCAGUUCUUAAUUUUUUUUUCCUGCUGUUCUAUCACUACUAGCUCUGCUAGGCCUGUUAUAUACUAUACCUAACUAUUUAAAGGAGACCUUUCCUGUUUAAUAUAUGUUGUCCUGAAUUGCUAACUACUAUAACUAAAGCAGACUAACUAUUCCUACGUUAAAGGACCUGGCUAGAGUUAGAUGUUGUUUUAUAUAUAUGUGAGUGCAGGUCUAUUUUUGGUAUAUAUCAGUUUCAGAUGGUCUAGGUUUUUACACAUGGCUUAUUGUAGAAUGCUUUACGGCCGUGUCACAAUAAACAGUGGGAUGUCAUUAAUGA